AUGAUUCUUCAGAAGCACCCCGUUAUCGUUUCGCAGGUCACCUCGCCAAAAACGUCCAUUCAGACGCGCUUUAAAUAUUCGAAUUUUAACGAGAUUGUAUGUCUGUAAAGAUUUCAAAUACAAUUAAAAAUCACUCCUGGUUCAGUGAACUUUAAAGUAAACGAAAUGUUGCAUUGGCGAAUUCAAGGUAUCGACGAUAUUUUACUGCACUAGAAUUCACGCCGGAGCAGACAAUGAGGUUCGCUAACCUCUACGGGUUAUUGCGGGUUUCGCGAGCUACAUUCAGUGCGAUCGUUUGCCCUUUCGGCGAGUUGUCGACGGAACAGGGCACUCCUCUUUCAUAUUGCUUUCUCUCCUUUUCUCGAAAAAUGACAGGAAAAAUUCCGGACGACGAAUGGAAGACUAAAUUAUCACCUGAAGCUUACUACGUGACCCGACAAAAAGGCACGGAAGCGGUAUCUUGCCCUGUAAUAUAACGUUCUCAGCCUUUCACGGGAAAAUAUAACAAACAUUUCGAGAAUGGAAACUACAAUUGCGUUUGCUGUGGUGCAUUGCUUUUCGAGUCAGUUACCAUUUCGUAAAUAUUUCGUUAAUAUUUUUACAUUUCUUACCGUUGUUGGGCUGCGUUUUGCGGGCGGGUUUUCCUUAUAUUUAGUAUAUCCUUGAAAGUAAUAUAUAAUGCUAGCGAGAACCAUUUCCUUAUAUAUUGACAGGUUAAAAGCCCUCCGAUCGUCGUUACGGGACUCACUCGUUCCGUUGUGUCUUAUAAGACACAUAUAUGGGCCCUCUCUCAAGACCAACCAACAGCCGCACAGCGGCGCAUGAUAUAGGCAGAAUGAUGUUACCGACAAAGACAAGGGAGACCGGAAUGGCCAUUUCUGGCUUAUUAGCCGUUGUCAGUCAGUCAUACCCAACCCCGAAGUGUGGAACACCUGGGGCUCGAUUCCGUGACCUGUUGGUUAGAAGUCCAACGUCUCUAGCCACUGCUGCGGCAGCUGGUUAGGCUCGAGAGGGAGAGAAUCCUAAGGCACAACGGGACGAGUGAGUUCCGUAAAAACGACCGGUGAGCGCCACUCUACCAUUGUAUAUUCCCGAUCGCAACCGACAGGACAAGGAGCCAGUGGUUAGAGGCGUUGAACUUCUAACCGACAGGUCGGGGAAUCGAGCCCCAGGUGUUCCACACUUCGUGGUUGGGUAUGACUGAAUGACGACGACUAAUAAGCCAGAAAUGUCCACUCCAGUCUACCUUGUCCUUGUCGGCAAUACCGCACUUUAAUUCGUCUAAAUAGGGUCAGCGUUUUUGAAUGCUCGAUCGCUUUGUCGCCUAACAUAGACAUAAGGGACAACGAGGGGUGUCGUAAACCUUAUCAAAGUGGUAUUCACUUAGCUUUGCAAAGGUCUUUUUUAGUAGCUUGUAGUACUUAUAUCCCGUCUCUCCCAUUCAUGGCAAAUUUAUGUGGAAAUUUUAACUCUCUCAUCCUCUCUGUGGAUAUCGUUUUGCGAAGGCGUUAAGGGCAUUCCAUUGCGUUUCAUGUAAUAUGGCCACUUGCUGCUCUACUGCUGAUAGUUGGUUGAACAUAGAUGGAGGGUGAGGCACUUCUGCGCUCAGAGAUCAGACAAACACCUAAGAGACCAACCGUGCAGUUGGCGUAGAUUAUUUUUAGAUAUUAUUUCGUCAUGUGGACUUCUAAUGAAAUAACAGUGCUCUUUGUUAUCAGCAGACAUAAUUUUUACCACAAUGAGUUCCGUGGAUGAUGUCGUUUAUGCAAGAAAGGAGAAAGGUCCGAGGACUCCUCUGAAAACACCUUGUCAAGUUCCUCCAACCUUACUAGUUACCUCCCAUACAAGAACGUUUCACUGAUCCCAAUGCAAUACAAAUCAUAGUACACUGUAGAAGAUUUUGCAAAAAUUGGCACAUGCGACAUCUACGUCGAAACUGCCUUCUUGAACUUCAGUCGACGCCGCCGCUGAGUCCAUGAUAUCCGUAAGGUAGGGACAUCCUCAUCAAAAUCAUGCAGUGAGUUGGUUUUCGUCCUUUGAAGAACUUUAAUAGUCCAUUGCGAAAGGUUGGUUACGGUUUCUGACCGACAGUCGUUUGCAAGCAUGCGACUACCUAUUCCGAGUAGUAGAACUACGUUGGUUUUUGCCCACCCCGAAGUCGAGCCGCCUGUUUGCAUUGACAACCCGAAAAGAUUCGAAAGGGAGCUGCCAGCUCUGUGACUAAUUCCUUGAAACUCGGCGCAGGUAUUCCUAGCAAUCCAGAAGAUGUAUCGGGCCUAUUAGAGGAACCGUUCUACCUCUUUGACAGAAACGGGUACACCUUCAGUGAAGGCAGGACCUUUUAUUUACAACCCUAAGAUGUCUUCCAGGCAUUCGCCAUAAACACCGAUCGAAAGGAGUAAGACGGACGUUGAACCUCCUAGGUUUCAUCCGACACCACUUCGCUGAUCUUACCCCUCGGGCAGACAAUUUCGUCUCUGUUCUUCCUCCUAUCGCGGACAUACCGGUGAAACUUCUUGGGAUAUACACAAGCUUAUGCCGUCGGCUACCGCACAAAGGCAGUUCUAGAUCUAUAUCAGUUUACAACACUUUUUACGCUGCCUCCUAUAUUCUACAAGUAAUAUGGGUUUUCGGACUCCAAUUGCUCCAUGCACUGUCCCUAUCUCCAUGCCCUAUUUUAUGCUCAUGACGAUUCAUGAGGAUCGGGAGCAGGGUAUUAUUCUCAUUAUAGGACUUCGGGCUUCAACCAGAUGCUGCAUAGACUCCAGCAUACUGUCGAGAGGCUUCACCAUUUGUCAUGUCAGCUGACUGUGUUUCCUUCAAAGCCGAAUAUGCGAUUGCGCUUGGAUAACCUUUUCCUGCUAUUUCGCCUAGUUUUAAGUUACAGUUAUGGGACGGAUGGGAGGAAACAGGCGCAAGUAAAUGUGACAUCAUCACUUCAAGUGUUGGGUGUGAGUUCGCCUCUCUUAUGACUCCGUUUUGCUACAGCGAUACUCAGACGGUUAGGAUAUUGCCCAUCUCCCAACCUUUUUUGUAGAAAUACGUUGGGUGAUUUAUUCAUCAAAGCGUAGCUUCGGUAGGUUUUAGUCGAAUGGUGUUGUUGGGACAUUUGCAGUCAAACGUUUCUUGUCUGUUGGAGGAGCGUUAUACUUUUGAAAUCACUUUUAACGAACUAAGCAGUUUACGGCUGAGUAUUUAUUCGAGCUUCGUGGUUUAUAGACAGCGCAGAAGCCAAGAGUCGGAAUUAUUUGACCCUGCCCGAUUAUCAAAUGAUUUCGCACCUAGGAGUAUCACAUCGGUCAUUACCCACUGACUGCAGAGGACGUUGUCAUAUGUAUGGUUUCAAACGCCUUCAUGUUUACAUCAUCGCCUGCCGCAAUUUGGCGUCCGGUAUCCUCCGAUAAUUAUUUUAUCGGCUUUUAUUUCGUCUGUAGGCUAGGCCCCCGUCAAUAGAACUAUGUGUGUUUAGGUCUUUUUUAUGUUUCCCACUUCGGCCUUCCAGGUCCGACUCCAAAUUCAAUAGUGGUUGCGGUUGGCCUGCUUUCUCGCGUGCUGCUGGCGCUUCUGGCGCGGACGAUACAAACACAAACAUUGAGCGUCACGAAGAUUUGACCUUGGGCCAGCAGCGAACUGAAGUUACCUGCAAGUCGGUAGGUCCAACUGCCGUCAAGGUGUAGUCUUUCUCUGUAGGAUGUUUUGUAGAUAGUUGUGCAGUUAACUUUUGGAAUACACCGCACAUUAAAAAUGCGGCAGAUGCUGCGCAAGCCUGCCAUCACUAUAAACAAGUUUACGCGCAAGUCACCGUCCAUGCUCCCACCCUACUGUUAAGCAAACGGUGGAUAUCGCCGGAAAAGUUUUAAAACAUAGAAUGAAUAGGCACCCCCUUCGGGGGUAGUCCUUAAAAAUCCUCACCUGCACUAACACCCCAUUGCCAAAAAUGUAAGCGUUGGUUUCGGAAGUCAGCACUUCGUAUGGUUCACUUUGCUCUAUACUCCCCACUGUUAACUUACCCCCAGUGCCUUGUACAACAGUCAUAUAUACCUCCUUGUUUUCCUUUAUCUCAUUAUUAUUUAUCGCAUCAACCCCCCGCAUUUGAACGUCGGCUUUGCUUUCCUUUCCGCAUGACCAACCGUUUUUGAUAUUUUUGUCUAGUGUGGAGCCCACCUUGGCCACGUUUUCGAGGAUGGACCAAGACCCACUGGUUUGAGAUAUUGCAUCAAUAGCGUAGCUAUUGAUUUCGUUCCAAAAGACUCGUAG